AUGGCUAUGGUAUGGUCUGUCAUUCUAGAGGACGUGGUGGCCAAGUUCACGGUGGUCGCUAGUACGACCGCGGUGGCAGGAAAAGCUAAUGUAGUGGCUGAUUCCUUGAGAAGAAAAGCAGAGAGCAUGGGGAGUUUAGCUCAUUUGCAGCUAUCAUUGAGUAUUGAUAUUGCUCCAUUUGAAGCAUUGUAUAGGAGGAGAUUUAGGUCUCCUAUUAGUUGGUUUGAUGCAUUUAAGGUGAGACCUUGGGGAACUGGUGUUUUGAGAGAAUCAUUAGAGAAGGUGAAAUUCAUUCAGGAGAAACUUCUAGCAUCUCAAAGCAAGAAGAAAGAGUAUGCAGACCGAAAGGUCAGGGACAUAAAGUUUAUGGAAGGAGAGAAAAUGUUGUUGAAGGUUUCACCCAUGAAGGGUGUGGUGAGAUUUGGGAAACGAGGUAAGCUCAGUCCGAAUUAUAUUAGGCCGUUUGAAAUUCUUAAGCGUGUUAGAGAGGUGGCCUAUAAAUUGGACAUACCUCCAGGUUUAUCUGGAGUGCACCCAGUAUUUCAUGUGUCUAUGCUAAAGAAAUAUAAUGGUGCUGGAGACUAUAUUAUUCGCUGGAAUUCGGUCUUACUUGAUGAGAAUUUUUCUUAUGAGGAGGAGCCUGUAACUAUUCUUGAUAGGGAGGUCCUCAAGUUGAGAUCAAGAGAGAUUACAUCUAUGAAGGUUCAAUGGAAGAAUCGUCUGGUUGAGGAGUCCACUUGGGAGACUAAGGCAGAUAUGCGUGGAAGAUAUCCACAUCUGUUCGUCGAGUUAGGUAACCUUUUAUAA